CGCUUCUCCUCCGGCCCAUUAGGAGGCGACAGCCCGCUAACUGUCUCCUCUCCGCCCCAAGACAAACGACUGGAGAACAAACAUGGCGGCUUCGUUGGUGCGGUUUGUCCGCGGAGGUCUUGGAAGGAGUUACAAUCUUGCAAGGACUUCGUGUCUCCUCCAGCAGCAGACCAGACUGCAGAGCUCCAGCUCCGAGAACAGCCCGACUGUCAGGCCAAAGGAUGCCGUCACUCACAACCAGCUGGCAGCGUUUGGGGAGUAUGUGGCUGAGAUUAUGCCCAAAUAUAUCCAGCAGGCCCAGGUGACCUGUUUUAACGAGCUGGAGUUGAUGAUCCAUCCUGACGGAGUGAUCCCUGUGCUGACCUUCCUGAGGGACCACACCAACGCCCAGUUCAGGAACAUGAUCGAUCUGACUGCUGUCGAUGUCCCGUCACGACAGAACCGCUUUGAGAUUGUGUACAACCUGCUGUCGCUGCGCUACAACUCUCGUAUCCGCUUGAAGACUUACACAGACGAGUUGACACCGCUGGACUCUUCGGUCCCGGUCCAUAAGGCCGCCAACUGGUACGAGAGGGAGAUAUGGGACAUGUUCGGCGUGUUUUUUUCCAACCACCCAGACCUGAGACGUAUUCUGACAGACUACGGCUUCGAGGGUCACCCCUUCAGGAAGGACUUCCCUCUCUCAGGAUACGUAGAGGUGCGUUAUGAUGAUGAGUUGAAGCGUGUGGUGGCGGAGCCUGUCGAGCUGUCACAGGAGUUCAGGAAGUUUGACCUGAACACACCCUGGGAGGUGUUCCCCGCCUACAGAGAGCCCAAAGAGGCGGCACCCAAACUGGAGGCUGGAGACGCUGCUCCUGAGAAGAAAUGAUCCUCUCUGUCUCAUCAACAUGUUCUGUCUGCUAGUGUCAUUUUGGGAGUCAAACCACCCUGAAGAAACCCACCUGAAAUACUUAUGUAAAUAAAAAUACUAAUAAAACCAACCUCAAAAGA